AGUUGCCGUCAUGUCAUCCUCAACUUCCCCAAUCAUUCUCUCUUUUAAGGUUACAUCAAAUACAACCACAAAGCUCUUCUAUCUUAUCUCUAGCUCUCUCCAUACAUUAAAACCGGUUAUCGCAUAGAGGAGAGAAAGGAAAAACAUGAGGAAUAAACCACAAUCAUUCAUCAGCUCAAAGCUCAUAUUCAUAUGUUGCUCAGUCUUGGUCUUGUUCAUUCUCUUCUUGAAAAGAGAAACCAUCUCUUCCUCUUCAAACUCAACCAUACAACACCAGAAACCUAAAUGCCCAUCAACCCCACAACAAUGCACCAAAUUGCCUGUUUCUCUAUCCGAUGCAUUGGUUCACUACGUCACCACAGAGAUCACACCACAACAAACGUUUGAUGAAAUCUCAGUCUCAAAGAGAGUCUUGGACAAGAAAGCUCCUUGUAACUUCCUCGUCUUUGGCUUAGGACACGACAGCUUGAUGUGGGCAUCUCUUAAUCAUGGUGGACGCACUUUGUUCCUAGAGGAAGAUAAAGCUUGGAUCGAGACAGUAACCAAGAAAUUCCCAAACUUGGAAUCAUACCACGUCGUAUACGACACAAAAGUUAAAGACUCGAACAAGCUCAUGGAGCUAGAGAGAACAAAAGGUUGCAAAGCCGUGUCUGACCCAAGAGAUUCAAAAUGUGCUUUGUCGCUUAAGGGUUUCCCAGCUGACGUGUAUGACACGCAAUGGGAUGUGAUCAUGGUGGAUGCUCCCACUGGUUACCACGAGGAAGCUCCAGGGAGGAUGAGCGCUAUCUACACGGCGGGUUUGUUGGCUCGUAACCGUUAUGACGGCAGCGAGACUGAUGUUUUCGUUCACGACGUUAAUAGGCCAGUAGAGGACGAGUUCUCCAUGGCCUUCUUGUGUAGAGGGUACAUGAAGGAGCAACAAGGAAGGCUUAGGCAUUUUACUAUCCCUAGCCACCGGGAACGCAUCGGUACACCGUUUUGUCCGGCGGAUAUCAGUCGCCGGUUUUGAUAUUGUGUCUAAUGAGAGCAAACUUCAAAGAACAAUAACACAUAUAUUGUGUCUAUCGCCAUUACGGUUCUUAUAAUUCAAUACCACAUAUUCAAUUCAUA